GGAAGAGAGCAAGAGGGGGAUGUGGUACUGCCACGGCCGCCACCGCAGCUGCCGCUGCCUGCUCGUUUCCGCGUCUUCCCGGAGGCGGCUGCUGGAAGCCGCCGGGAACAGCUGCGGUGCUCUGCCAUAUUGUGUCUUCCCCAGCCCGACCCUCGCCUCUCCGCUGCGGCGACCGAGCUGACGAACUAACUGUAGGAGUAAAUGGGUCCAGUAAUUGGAAUGACUCCAGAGAAGAGAGCUGAAACUCCAGGAGCUGAAAAGUUUGCAGGAUUAAGCCAGAUUUACAAAAUGGGAAGCUUGCCUGAAGCUGUUGAUGCUGCCAGGCCAAAGGCCACUCUGGUGGACAGUGAGUCAGCAGAUGAUGAGCUCACAAACUUGAACUGGCUUCAUGAAAGUACUAAUCUUCUAACAAACUUCAGCUUCGGAAGUGAGGGUCUUCCAAUUGUUAGUCCGUUGUAUGACAUAGAGGGAGAUGAUGUGCCAUCCUUAGGACCACCUUGCUAUCAGAACCCAGAGAAAAAAUCAGCAACUUCAAAGCCCCCAUACUCCUUUAGUCUUCUCAUUUAUAUGGCUAUUGAACACUCUCCAAAUAAAUGUUUGCCUGUCAAAGAAAUUUAUAGCUGGAUUCUGAACCGCUUCCCAUAUUUUGCAACUGCACCAACAGGCUGGAAGAAUUCUGUUCGACAUAAUCUGUCCCUGAAUAAAUGUUUUCAGAAAGUGGAAAGAAGCCAUGGCAAGGUUAAUGGGAAAGGCUCCUUAUGGUGUGUUGAUCCAGAAUAUAAACCCAACCUUGUGCAGGCACUGAAGAAGCAACCUUUUCCCUCUAAAUCAACUUUUUACACCCCUCCUGCAUCACCCCAGAGUGGCUCUUUAUCCCCUCACUACUUAAGCUCUGUGCUCAAGCAGAACCAGGUGCGAACUCUCAAAGAAUCUGAUAUUGAUGCUGCCACUGCAAUGAUGCUUUUAAAUACUUCUAUAGAACAAGGAAUUUUAGAAUGUGAGAAGCCUCUUCCUCUUAAAACAGCAGUGCAAAAAAAGAGGGGUUAUGGCAAUGCAUUUAAUCAUUCCAGUGCUAUGCGAUUACAUGAGAGUGAUUCUUUAGCCACCAGCAUCGAUCCAAAAGAAGACCACAAUUACAGUGCAAGUAGCAUGGCAGCACAGCGUUGUGCAUCCAGGUCUAGUGUGUCUUCCCUGUCUUCUGUGGAUGAGGUAUAUGAAUUUAUCCCAAAGAGUAGCCAUGUAGGAAGUGACGGCAGUGAAGGAUUUCACAGUGAAGAAGAUACAGACGUUGAUUAUGAAGAUGACCCUCUUGGAGACAGUGGCUAUGCAUCCCAGGCUUGUACAGAUACCUCUGAACAAGGGCAACCAGGCAAAAAGAGGCGAAAACAGUCAUGUCAAGAAAUUGAUGAGGAGCUCAAGGAGGCAGCUGGAUCUCUGCUCCACCUUGCUGGAAUUCAUACAUGUCUAGGUUCCCUAAUAAGUACUGCAAAGAUACAAAAUCAAAAGCAGAGGAAAAAAUAGAAAUACUUAUUAGUGUGAAAUUAUUUUGAAGUGUGGCAAUACUCUUCUACUUAAUUCUUUACAAGGGAUAUCAAAGCCAUAAUGGACUUCUUUUGUUUUAGGGUGGGGGAGGGGUGCUAAUUACUUGUUUCAAAACAUUUUUUGUUUGCUUGUUUUUUUAAAUUUUUAUUAAAUGACUGCUGUUAAGGAUCAUGCCCAGCCAUAUGAUGUGAAGUCCUAAAAGCAUAAUUUUUGCAAUUAGUGUCUCCAAAAUUUGGAAAUUUUCAUGUAAGAGAAUCCCCAGCCUCUGUCUUAAACUUGUAGGGGAAAUCUGUUAUUCUGUUAGUAUGUCAGAAUGUAAGAAUUGGUGGUUCUGUAGCAUAUUUUUUCAUUUUCUUUUCCAAUCUGUAGUUACCUAUAGUUGCUGAUCCAGCUAAAAGUUCUGCUGCUGUCUUUAUCACGUACUCCUCUCUUGACACAUUGCAAUCCAGUAAGAUGAGAUUCAAAUUUUUAAUUUUAUCUUAAUUUUUGUUUUAAAUUUGUUUUGUUGAGGUAUAAACAAAAUUGAACUAGAAAAGAUCCUAGAUUUCUAGAAAGUUCCUUUUGGAUACAUAGGCAGAGUAUAGAAAAAGUUCUAAGAUUCAGAAAAGGCAAUUUUGUAAUGUAAUUUCAUCUAAGAACACUCCAAUUCCUAUUACAAUCUUAUCUUUGAAAAUUUUUAACUUUCCAGAUAUUGCAUAGCAUUUAUUGGAGCCGUUUGUUCUUUCCCAAAGUGCUUUGCAGCCAUUGUUUAAAUGUUAGCCACUAGCUGUCUUUGUUGAGGAGAAACUAUCCAAUGAGAGGAUAUAGCCAUACAGUGUGUUAGGGGUUAACACACCCAUUUUGACACACUUUUGUAUUAAGAGGAUCUUUCAUUUGUUGCUAAGUGUACUGUAUUCUGAGAAUCUUGUAAUACAAAAGGAGUGUAAUCUAACAUAAACAUUUUGAAUACUAUUACUUGUGUCAUCAGAAAUAAAGGUAGAUCAUUUAGGAAAAGCCUUCUGUCCAAGCUUUGUAUGAAUUUAAAUUUGUAUGUGUACCCAAUUAAGUUAAAGGAUUUAACAACUAGAGAGAAAAAUGCCUUCAUGGAUUUCAAAAUUCAUAUAAAAUUAGAUCUUAUUUAAUAAGUUCUUUUGAGGAGGCAGUGUAAUACCUAUUAUGUGCCAUGAAAUCCACACUAAAAGACUUUGUUACCUUCCAAACAUGUAUUGACUAAGGCCUUCUUAAAUAUUUGAACAAAUCUGCUUGUAUGAUACAUUUUUUCAUAUUAUUUAUAUAGUUCAACUAUAUCAUUCAAAAAGAACAAGGGAUGCUAUUAAAACUAAACUUAUUCACUAUAUAUUGUUUUAUAACAGUGAAAGCAACCUAUUUAAAAGUUCAGUCUUAUACUACAUCAUGUUUCAUUGACAGUGACCUUGUUUUCAUUUUCUGAUAGCUCAUAUAUAUAUAUACAUAUGUAUACACACAGGCUCUUGAUUUUGAUUUGUUACUUUCACUAUUUCUAUGACAAUAAAUCAUUUUCUUAAUUUUUUUAAGAGACAAAUAUUUCUAUUUUAAGAGUUUAUUUGGGCAAAACUGUCAAAUGAGAAGCAUAAUGAAAAAGUCUUUUUCAAUUGGCAAAUCUUUAAGCCAGGGAUAACAACAUUAAUAUGAUCUGUCCUGUUUCCAUGUUAGUUGUAAUUGAACCUGGAUAGCCACAUUAAUAGAAUUGGUGCUGUUCAAAAAUAGUAAUUUUUUUCAACUUGUUGAUAUGAAAAAUAGUCCUUAAGUAUGCAACAUGAGGUAUUGGGGGUUUUUUUCCUUCAUAUAUGUCACAUCUUCUAUAGAAAAUGGCUAACCCAAGUUAACACCUUUUACUGUAGACAAUGAAUAUAACACCAAAAAUUGCCUUUAUACCACAGUAUAAAUAGUACACAAAUUAUAAAAAUCACUUUAGUAACAAAAUUUUUAAGCUAUUUACUGUGGUCCUCUGGAUAGACCUUAGUAACAGUGUUUCAAUGAUCUGGUUCCAGUUUGUUUUGUUCAGCUGAAAUUCUUUACCACAAAUGUUCUCUUUUGUUCCUGUCCAUUAGAUAAUUACUCUGUAUAAGUAAAGGAAAAUGAUCUAAGAUAAGGAGGGGGAAAGUCAUUCCCAGUUUUAAUAGGGAUCUUCAAAAUGCUUUUCUUAAUAUAAAUAACAAUAACUCUUUAAACUUGAUUUUUCUCUCCCUCUUCAUGUACUCUUUCCACAAAUUUGAAAGUUGAAAGUUAUAUUCAUCACUAGCAAAGUCAGUAAACACUUUCACACUAAAAACUAACAGGAAGGAGUUACAUGAUAUCUUAUUUUGAAUUCUUGCACAGAAUUCAGUGUAUCACUUUCCAUUUGCUGAUUUACCAAGGCAGUUAUUUUUAAGGGGAAGAAACUUUUUACUUAUGGUCCCCCAUUAUUACUUCCAUAGACAUGAUCCCAUUCCUCAGGGGUGUUGAGAUAAAAACAUGGCUAAUAAUCAUCCAGUUAAGGAAAGUCAUUCCAAGUCCUGUCGACUGGAAAUGGUAUUUCCAAGACUAUUUUAUUAAAUAUUUUCCUGUAGUAGAAACAACUUGGCAAUCUUGGAGAGGUUAUAUAUAUUCCAACAUAUUUUUAAACUGUGAUUUAAGCUAACAUAUAAUUUGCUUUGCAUCAAUGUACAUUGUUACAGCUGAUUCCAUUUUAUAACAGAUCCCUAGUAAAAGUUUUAACUCAACACAACUAAUCAUCUGUCAUAUCCUAAAUAGAAUCAGUGUUUCUGGAAUAUAUAUUUUUGAAAUUUAUUUGUGCAAUAUAUUACUAAAUUAGUUCAUGUUUUAUUUUACAUUUCAAAUUCAGAGAAAAAAUACUUGUAUUCAUGGAAAAGCGAAUUAUUGGUGGAUGACCACCUUUUUCCACCUUUAAUAAGCCUUUCCUGUCCAUAAUAGCCAGCAUGACUUCUCUUUAGAUUCCUUUGUAUAUAGUAAAGUUUAGAAUAUAUGUAUUUUUUUCUUUUGCUCCUUUCUGAGGCAUUAUGUAAAGGGUUCAUACUAGAUGGUCAAUUAAAUAUACAUUAGCACGAAUUUAAAACUAGAGAAAUUUUUAGGGGGGGAAUGUGUGUGUCUUGGUAGACCAGGAGGCCUUUCCCAGCAAUUUAAGCAACACAAGUGGCUAUUUCACAAGGCUGUAAAGACUAUUGUCCUAAAUACUACAGUAACUUAACAACUUUUUGUGAAGACCAUAGCAUUCAAUUAAGAACCUUUGAGGCUUUCUGGUUUACAUAUAUUUUAUAGUUUUUUAUUAGUUUGAAAUGUGUAAGCUUUGAUUUAAAUAAAGUUUGCUUCAGUAUGUUAAUGAUGUAGUCAAAUAUUUAUUGAAAGACAAAGUAGAGUAUUUUAAUGUUGUACCUGCCAUUUUUUCUUGAAGCACAUUUUUUGCAUCUAACUGCCAGUGCCAUUGUCAAAAGUUGUUUUUAAAAUUGUUGUACAUUUCUUAUUAAACAAAGUGCUUAAUUUUAAAGUAUUAUGUUGCCAUUAUAUAGUGUAUAAAAAUGUAUAAUUGCCAAUUCAUUGUAACUAUUAUUUAUUUGAAAGUAUAAGGAUUCUUUCUGAUUCAAGAAAUUUGAGUUAUUAAACUGUGUCCUUAUCCUCUUUUCUAAUGUAGCAUAAAAAUUACCCUGAGUUUGAGUUAUAACUGCCAGUAGGUGACCUGUCCAAGUGAACCACUUCUCAGUUGCCAGUCUUUGCUCAUGUUAAAAACAACUUAACAAAUGUUUAGUUUUUGUAUCUAAUCUCUGAUUAUUAAAAUGUUUAUAAAGUUUAUUUUUACCAAAGAGAUGCAAUUCAUUAUGAUGAAGUAUUACAGAAUAAACCUUGUUUUGUAACAUU